AUGUGCGGUGACAAUGCUGGCGCGGCAGCCGCCCCUGCGGCCCAAGCCCCUGUCCAGGCGAACAACCCCGUUGAGCUCGUCCCAGAAGAGGGAGCUGAUGAUGGUGCUUCGGAGCUCGGCCAGAGUGUCGCGUCCUCCAGCACAAGCGUGACAAGUUCCAUUCUCGGGUACAGAACCGAGAAUGGCCGAACUUACCACAAGUACAAAGAUGGCAAAUACAAUAUUCCCAAUGAUGAGACAGAAAAUGACAGACUUGAUCUCCAACACAAUCUCUUUUUGCUGACGUUCGAUAACACUCUUGGACUCGCGCCUCCUAACAACCCGGGUUCCAAAGUUGGGCGUGUUCUAGAUGUGGGCACGGGAACCGGCAUUUGGGCCGUUGACUUUGGCGAGGAUCACGAGGAUGCCGAGGUUCUUGGAAUGGACCUGUCCCCCUCAAUGCCAGAGUACGUCCAACCUAACGUCAAGUUCGAAAUCGAUGACUUGGAGGAAGAGUGGACGUACUCGCGACCAUUUGACUACAUCCACAGUCGGAUGAUGAACUCAUCUAUUGGUGACUGGAAGGGUUACCUAAAGAAAGCCUAUGACCACCUCACACCUGGCGGUUACGUUGAGCUCCAAGAGCUGGAUCUUUUCCCACGCUCGGACGAUGGCACCUUGAAGGAUGACGACCCUCUCUCGAAAUGCAUCAAGUUGAUGUACGAGGCCUCGGUUAUCUUCGGACGACCCUACCAGGAGAUCCCUCCUCUUGUCAGGGUUAUGGAGGAUCUUGGCUAUGUUGAUGUAAAGCUGAACAUCUUCAAAUGGCCGUCGAAUGGUUGGCCGAAAGAUCCCAAGUACAAGGAACUAGGAAUGUGGAACAACGAGAACUUUUGCGAAGGCUUCGAAGGAUUCUGUAUGGCGCCCUUCACUCGCGCCCAUGGCUGGACGCGUGAGGAAGUCAUUGUCUUCCUGGCAACCGUGAGAAAAGAUUUGAGGGACAGGUCAAUCCAUGCCUACUGGCCUAUCUACUCCUUAUAA